AUGGAUCUUGUGUCAAUUAUGAUCGGAGAACAAGCAAGUCAGCAACUACUGAAGGUACCGGUUUCAAACAACACGAUUUGUCGCAGAAUCGAUGAUAUGGCCGAAGAUAUCAACUAUCAGCUUGUUGAUCUACUGAAAGUCAAAGAAAAUGCUCUGCAACUGGAUGAAGCUACGGACAAUAGCAAGGACGCACAUCUGAUCUGUUACGUGCAAUUUAUCCACGAAGCCAACUUCUGGGAAAACCUGAUGUUCUGCAAGCCGAUUACCGGAGGGACCUCUGGGCAGGAAUUAUUUGACAUCGUUGAUUCUUACAUGGAUGAGCACGAAAUUCCGUGGAAAAAUUGCACGGAUGGAGCUCGUGCCAUGUCUGGUCGUUUUCAAGGAUUACAAGCACGGAUUCGCAACAAAGCUCCUAAUGCUCUAUGGACUCAUUGCAUUAUUCAUCGAGAAGCAUUGGCAGCAGAAAGUCUCAGCAAAGACAUGAGCGAUGUUGUUGAAACAGUUGUUAAAGUGCCCGCUGCGGCGCUGUUCCUUUUCUUCGCUUCACUUGCUCUGCUGCUGUUCCUCGAAGUGCACUAUCUUUACAUUACACAUAGGACAGAAAAAAGUAGAACUAGACCGCUGCGGUAA